CCGAAUUUAACCAUACUUUUACAUAGUAAAUUGUCGAACUUCUAAACAAUGUCUCAUUCAAUCUAUCAAUGGUUAAGUUUGGUUGGUAUUAUAUGGUUGCAGUCUUUCAAUGGAACCAACACAGAUUUCCCAGCUUACUCCUCACAACUCAAAAAGCUUUUAUCCAUCUCACAGUUUCAGCUCAACAGCUUAGCUUUUGCAUCUGAUGCCGGGAAGCUUUUAGGUUGGUUUUCCGGUGUUGCUGCCAACUACUUACCACUUCCAGUUGUUCUUAUUAUUGGCGCCACCCUUGGUUUGAUCGGUUACGGGGUACAGUUCCUUUACGUUGUUCAGAAGACUUCUCACUUAUCGUACGUACAUAUUUUCUUGCUCAAUGUCUUGGCUGGAAAUAGCAUAUGCUGGAUUAACACUGUUUGUUACACGAGCAUUAUAAAGAACUUUCCGGUUGAUCCACAGGUUGCCGUGGGUUUGGCUACUAGUUACGUUGGUUUAAGCGCCAAAAUAUAUACAGAUAUCGUCGACGUUAUUUCUUCUUCGAAUGAUGCUACUGCUAAAGCUAAAAACUAUCUGCUUCUCAAUUCUAUCUUACCGUUGAUUGUUUCUUUAGUAACAGCACCCAUACUAUUUAAAGAUGUAGUGAGUAAUAACAAGGAGAAUAACGGAAACAUACUGCAGAUAGGAUUUACUAUAAUGUUUCUGGUGACAAUAGUUACUGGAGUGUACAGCGUUAUAGGCAGUUUGGGAUGGAAGAAUGUCGUGCAAUCACCGUUGCUUUACGCAUUCGGUUUAUCGGUUCUUCUGAUAGUUGUACCGUUGAUGAUCCCAGUGGGAGUAAAGAUUGGGAAGUUUCUGCUUAAAUGGUGGCGUACUAUGAAGGAGAGCAAAAUAUUUAAUCUUAGUAUGAUGGAAGAUCAUCAAUCUGCGAAUUCUACCCAGGAAAGCAAUCCGGACGUAGAUGUUGAGAUGAAUGAGCUGAAAGAAGUAAUUGCUCAAGACAGUAUUAGUUCAGGGUUCAGCGGCCACGAUUCAGGAUUCAGAGUACAGGGUCCAGUGGAACCUAUUAGUACCAGUAAAGAAGAUAUUGGUGUAAAAGUGAUGGUGCGAAGAGUGGAGUUUUGGCUUUAUUUUUUCGUAUACAUGUUCGGGGGAACACUUGGGUUAGUUUUCAUGAACAAUUUAGGACAGAUAGCAGAGAGUCGUGGACAAUCAUCCGCCACUACAUCUUCGUUGGUUUCGCUGUCUUCGGCCUUUUGUUUCUUUGGCCGUCUCUUGCCGUCGCUCGUGCAUCAUUUUUCCGGUGACAAGUACAUGAUAUCAACAACAACAUCAAUAGCAACACUAAUGACACCAAUAUCAGCAACAUUCUACUUACUUGCUUUCAACUCUAGUAUCGUCUCGUUAUACAUCAGUACAGUGAUUAUAGGCUUAUGCAUUGGUUCAUUUACUUCUAUAUCUGUUUCUGCCACUACGGAGCUUUUCGGAACCAAGAAUUUUAGUAUCAACCAUAAUAUCGUCGUCGGGAAUAUUCCGAUUGGUUCGCUCGUGUUCGGGACUUGCGCGGCGUUGCUUUACGAGAAGAAGAAGAAGAAAUCCGAUCAUAUGAAUAUGAUGAAUAUUUGCAUGGGAGCUGAGUGUUACAGAACUACUUUCAUAAUCUGGGGAUGCAUUUCACUUCUUGGAACGGUUCUUGCUUUCGUACUCUACCUCCGAACUCGAAAAUUUGAUCAGCAAAAGCAGCUAAGAAUAUGAAACUAAACAAUUUUGAUUAUUUAGUAUGAAUUUUGGUACUAACAAUAUAUACCUAGCUAGAAUGGUUAUGUAAAUUAUAUCUUUCAUUAGUUUCGGAUUCAGGUUAUGGAUAUUAAUCGCAGUAAUGAUUUUUUAACUUUUAAGAUUGAA